CAUGUGCCAGUCUGCACCGAGAUUCCGGCGCGAAUCGUCCUUCUUUGUCGCGGCGUCACGCCAACUCCUAGAUGGAUGUUGCUGAACCGCAUUCUCGUGUCAACGAUUUACAUCGUCGUGCAGUUCCUCGCAGUCUGUCCAGCCUUCGUGGAAGGACGGCAAUCGAGGAAUCUGGAAAUAUUGGGUCACCAUCACGGCACGCAGUAUGCAUCGGUGUCGGAGAACUUCAAGAACAACUCAGACCAGCCCAGAUUCGCUGAAGAAAUCCAGAACGUGACCGUGAGCAAAGGUCGAGAUGCUUUGUUAGCCUGUAUAGUGGACAAUCUACGAACCUAUAAGGUGGCAUGGGUGCGCGUCGAUACACAGACAAUCUUGUCCAUCCACCAUAACGUGAUCACGCAAAAUCCACGGAUCUCGUUGUCAUACAACGACCACCGUACGUGGUAUCUUCAUAUAAAGAAGGUCGAAGAAGUUGAUCGAGGAUGGUACAUGUGUCAAGUGAAUACUGAUCCGAUGAGAAGUCGACAGGGCUAUCUGGAGGUUGUAGUGCCACCUUCUAUUAUCACAAAGGAAACCAGCACGGACAUGGUCGUCCGCGAAGGCUCGAACGUGACAUUGACGUGUAAAGCUUCAGGAUAUCCGGAACCUUACAUCAUGUGGCGCAGAGAGGACGGAAAGAACAUAAACUACAACGGUGAUAGCGUGAACGUUGUGAACGGCGAGGUGCUGCAUAUUGUGAAGAUAAGUCGAUUGCACAUGGGAGCAUAUUUGUGCAUCGCUUCGAACGACGUUCCACCGCGAGUUAGCCAACGCAUAUCUCUUCGUGUGCAGUUUCCCCCUAUGCUUUCGAUACCAAACCAGCUGGAAGCGGCAUAUAUUGGACAAGACGUCAUGUUGGAAUGUCACACCGAAGCUUAUCCGACCUCGAUUAAUUAUUGGACAACCGAACGUGGUGAUAUGAUCGUCUCUGGCAAUUACCAUUCUAUUGCAGGCGAUAAAUAUGAGGCGGUGUCCACCGACAACGGCUACAACAAGUACAUGAUGCUGAAGAUUAGAAACGUCGGGCCGAGGGACUUCGGCUCGUACAAAUGCGUGGCGCAAAAUUCUCUCGGUGGAACUGACGGUGACAUCAAAUUGGACGAAAUACCAGCACCGUCAACGACGUCCACCACUCCGCCACCCUACUACGUGACCUCGUCGAUGAAGAAGAACGGUAGAAACGGUAACAAGAAAUUACGACAACGACCUAUCGACUACGAGGUCGAGGAAUGGCGAGAUCCAGAUUACGACAGAGAUUACGGUCCACCAUCGAUGAGGCCGCCAGGCGAGCUUCCGGUCGACGCCCUGAGUCCGGGCGUUUCCCAUCGGGCGCAGCUCGUUCUUCAUCUUUUGGUGAGUCUGCUGUCACUGCUACUUCCAGCAAUCAGAAGGUGAUUCUCACGUCGCGGGGACAGGGCUUCCAGUUCUAGUGUUUAUUGGACGGUGACCAGACCGAAGGCGGCUGCCAGUUUCCGGUACGCCGUCUUCGGCUGGACGACGGACGAGUGCGACGAGAACAAGGCGCGCUUGAAAUUAUUUUCAUACUAAACGUAGACGUAUACAGAGAGCAACAAAAAAAAAAAAGAAAGAAAGAAAGAAAGAAUGAAAGAGGAUAUUAUAUAUAUAUAAUAUAUAUAUAUAAAUAUAAAUAAAUAUAUAUAAAUAAAUAAAUAUAAAUACAAAUACAAAAUAUAAUAUGUUGUGUAAGUAUACUUAUACAGUGAGUAUGAAGGUAUUCUUAGGCUUUCAUGAGUGAUGAUUUUGUGGCGCGCGACAUCCUUGCAUUUUCCGAGAGAAGACUUUUCAUCCUCUGUCUCGUCAUGUGUGAAUCUCGAUUGUGCGCGUUUAGAGAGAAAAAAAAAAAAAAAAAAUACGACGAGGUGAGAACAUUUCGUAUCGACUAGAUGGAUUUGAUUCCGACGAUAGGUUAAUGGGCCAAUGGUUCUCAAUCAAUAGUAACGCGACACGUCGAUGCUCCGCGAGGAAUUCGAGGGUUGCGUCGUCUUAUAUUAUAUAACGCGUUACCGCUUUAAAUGUUCCGCCAAAAAAAAAAAAAAAAGAAAACAAGAAAAGAAAAGAAAGAAAGAUACGAGUUUUAUAAUCAAAUCGUGUGUCGCGAAUUUUCCCGUGAAUGGCUGAGAAUCACUGGCCACGCGAGACGCGGUUCGAGUAGUUUCGUUAGUUAGCAUAGAAACGUGCGAGUUCGUCUAUCCGAAGCGUUGAAGCGGAGUGCGUUUCGAGCAUCUUCGUUUCUUACCUAUGUAAAUACCAUUGAUUUCGCGAUUCUUCACACGAAGAUUCGGCGUUCUAGAUGCCCCCUCGCCCCCUCGAUGUAAAAUUCGAUCGUUAAUCCACGUUCAUUUCAUCGUCGCUGAUAUCGUUCGCGUUGCUUGAAAGAAGACUUUGUAAGAGACGAAAAAAAUCGUAUUUUCAUUGUAUCGCGCGAAUAUCCUUUGUCGUAUGUACUAUUGUCGAAGGAAGAGAACAUUUGUACGAUGGCGAUUCAAUAAUUACUCGCAGUGUAUUUUUUAUUACAUUGGCUGUAGUCUCAAAUAGAUGUGCAUCAAUAUUUAUCAAUCCUUGUACAAGUUUUCACAAAGAUGGCUCGAUUUCUUGUUUGUUCAUCGACGAUUGAAUCAUUUUAUUCUUGCAUCGAAAAGAAUAUACAGCUUCUAUGAUUUGAAAUCUAUGAGAAACUUCCACAAGGACGGCGUUCUUCCACAAUCUAAUACGCGUUACUGAUAAGUUUAAAGGUGAAAAAAAAAUUUUAAAAGGCGGCGCAUGCAUGCUUCUUAGUAAAACAAAAAAAAGAAACUAUAUUUUUCUGAAGAUAUGAAGAUAGAUGCAAGUGCACAGAAAUAAUGUUAAAAUCUCCACAAACAAAUUUUGAGUCGCAGAUUAUUGAAUCACCGUCAGAGAAUUGUUGCGAAUAAGUUCCAAAACCAACGAUGACGAAGCACGUGAAUGAAUUCGGCUCCGGCAUAGAGAGAGACAAACAAAGAAUUAUUUUCAAGCGAUUUUACGUGCUUCUCAUUCGGUGAAAUCGAUCUCAUGAGCUCGUGAAACGAGCAACCCGGCUGUCGGCGACCGUUCGACUCGUCGAUAGAGGUUUUCGUAACACGGCAACACGCGACGACGAUUAGUUGUAUAUUCUAGUUCGAGCGAGAACGAGGCACAACUGUAAUUUUUUUCGGUACAUGUAACGAUAUAUACGUACGCAUGAAAGAAUAAACGAAAAAGGAAAAAAAAAAAUGCAUAACUCUAUACAUUAUAUACACAGGAGCAUAUAAUAACGUAUAAUAUAAAGUCGUAGUUGUGUUUGAGGUAACGCGCUCUAAAGUUUCAUCAUUAGCUGUUUCUCAUUGGCGAGGCAAACGUGCAUGCACACACCGAUAACGGGACGCUAGUCGUAUAUAUAUACAUAUACGUAAAUAUGACGCGUUCGUGAAUGCGACUCGACGUGAUUUAACCCUUUAUGUCCGGGAUUAAGUUGUCCGUGGCUCUCUCUCUCUCUCUCUCUCUCUCUAUUCAAUUUCUGGAUCGUUAGAGAAUCGUAGGAAUACCGUAAACACGAGGGAGGAGAAACAAAUAAAUUUGAUGAGUUUAAAUGUGGUAUUUACAAGUGCAGACAGGCUUAAAUAAACUCAACAAGUAUACGGAGCAAGGAUCUAUUUCACAAAUGUUGAUUUCAGAUGUUUUCUGACGCGUGUUGAAGCGUUUAUAUAAAACGUCAGGAUAUAGAGGGUUCAAAUCAAAUUA